AUGUUCCCCCAAGAUCUCACAGACUCCUCACAAGAUCUCACUGGAACACAGAAGCUGCAACUGCACAACCCCAAGAAGGGAAUUGAUGAACUCUCAAAAGAAAGAAAGGUUUUGCUUGCAAGUUUGAAAUCAAAUAUGAAGGAGUUAGAAGAAGCAGAAACUCUUGCUGCUGCCCAACCAGGAAGUGUGAGUGAUAAAAAGAUAAAAGAGCUUAAAGAACAAAGAAAGGUGCUGGCUGCUCAUCUAGAAGCAAACCUGCAGGAUCUGCAAAUGGCGCAACCUUCUGCUUCAAGCAUUGUUGGAAAAAGUAAACUUCAGGAAAUGAAACAUUCUGCAUUAUCUGAGAAGAAAAAACUUUUGCAAGAAAAACUAGAUUCAAAUCUAAAAGAUCUACAAGAAGCAGAAACGCUUGCAUCUCUCCAGUCAGACAGUGCGAAUGAGCAAAGACUUCAGGAACUUUCUGAGCUAAGACAACAUUUGACUGAAGAGCUAAAGGAUCUAGAGGAAAGUAUGCAAGAUAUGCAUGAAAUGGAGCUUCAGGCUUUACAAAGAGCUUUAUUUCUAAUACCCAGUGAAAAGGGAUUAAAUGAAUUGUAUGAGCUAACUGAAAAGAAGCAACUGUUACUAGAGAAGUUGGCAUCUACUAAGAAAGAACUACAAGAAGCUCAGGAACUUGCAGCUACUCAACCAGGGAGUGUUAGUGAGCAUAAGCUGCAGGAGUUAGCUGAGCAAAAAAGACAUCUGACUGUAGAUCUUGAGGCAACUUUGGAUGGUAUACAAAAUGUAUAUCGUCGUGCUUCAGAAAGAACUGUGUUUGUACGACCUACUGAAAGAAAAGUAUAUGAACUAUCGGAGAAGAAACAAGAAUUAUUGGAAAAGUUGGAAUCUAAUCGGAAGCAGCUAGAAGCAGCUCAGGCUCUUGCCAUUGCUCAACCUGGCAGUAUCAGUGAUCAUAAGCUGCAAGAGCUAAUUGAACAAAGAAGAUGCUUAGCUGCAGAACUAGAUUCAACUGUGCAUGAGAUGCAAAAAGCACAGGAUAGUGUCUCAGAAGGAUUUGUAUUUACUGCUGAAAGGGAAUUAUAUGAGCUGUCUGCAAAGAAGCAAGAGUUAGAGCAAAAGUUGGAAUCCAACCAGAAGGAGCUACUAGAAGCUCAGGCUCUUGCAGUUGCCGAGCCAGGCAGUAUCAGUGAGACUAAACUACAGGAGCUAGCUAAGCAAAAUGAACUCUUUACUAAAGAACUAGAGGAAACAGUAAAUGAUAUGGCAAAAGUAAAGCAUCAUGUUUCAGAAAGAGCAACUCUAGCUGGAAAAUCUCCUGAAAGGGAAUUAUAUGAGCUGUCUGCAAAGAAGCAAGAGUUAGAGCAAAAGUUGGAAUCCAACCAGAAGGAGCUACUAGAAGCUCAGGCUCUUGCAAUUGCUGAGCCAGGCAGUAUCAGUGAGACUAAACUACAGGAGCUAGCUGAGCAAAAAGAACUCUUGUCUAAAGAACUAGAGGAAACAGUAUGUGAUAUAGAAGAAGCAAAGGAUCGUGUUUCAGAAAGAGCUCUAGCUGGAAAACCUCCUGAUAUGGAAUUGCAACAACUAUUGAUGAAGAAGGAAGGGUUAAAGGAAAAGUUGGAAUUGAACCAGAAAGAGUUGGAAGAAGCCCAAGCCCUUGCAGCUGCUGAACCAGGCAGUAUCAGUGAACAUAAACUGCAGCUGCUCACUGAGCAAAGAAAGCACUUGAUUGCAGAUCUAAGGGAAACUGUGCAUGAUGUUAAAAAAGCUGAACGUCGUGCUGCAGAAAGGACUCGGCAGGAACCACCUAUUGAAAUGGAAUUGUACAGUUUAUCAAUUAAGAAGGAAAUGUUGCAGGAAAUGUUGGAAGCCAACCAGAAAGAGCUAGAAGAAGCCCAGGCUCUUGCAGCUGCUGAACCAGGCAGUGUCAGUGAGCAUAAACUACAGGAGCUUGCUGAGCAAAGAAAAAAACUGGCUGCAGAACUAAAAGCAACAGUAUUCAAUAUUAAAAAAGCACAACGCCGGGCUUCACAAAGAGCUGCACUUGAAGCACCUGCAGAAAGAGAAUUAUUUGAACUAGCUGUUAAGAAGCAGCUUUUACAGGCCAACUUGGAAUCCAAUUGGAAAGAGCUCCAGGAAGCUCAGGCUCUUGCAGUUGCUGAACCAGGCAGUAUCAGCGAACAUAAACUGCAGCAGCUCAUUGAGCAUAGAAGACACUUGACUGCAGAUCUAAAUGAAACUAUACAUGAUAUGCAAAAUGCUGAACGACGUGUUUCGGAAGGGGCUCAGCUGAAACAAGUCCCUGAGAUUGAAUUGUAUGAACUGUCAGCAAGAAAGGAAUUGUUGCAGGAAAAGUUGGAAUCCAACCAGAAAGAGCUAGAAGCAGCCCAGGCUCUUGCAGCUGCUGAACCAGGCAGUGUUAAUGAGCAUAAAUUACAGGAGCUUGUUGAGCAAAGAAGAAAUUUGAGUGCAGACCUAAAUGCAACAGUUUCAAGUAUACAAAAAGCACAGCGUCGUACCUCUGAAGCACUUCGAUUUGAACCACCUGUUGAAAAAGAAUUAUUUGAAUUAGCUGUUAAGAAGCAGCGUUUACAGGCCAACUUGGAAUCCAAUUGGAAAGAGCUACAGGAAGCUCAGACACUUGCAGCUACCGAACCAGGCAGUAUCAGUGAACAUAAACUACAGCAGCUCACUGAGGAAAGAAGACUCAUGACUCAAGAUCUAAAGGAAACUAUGCACAAUAUGCAAAAUGCUGAACGCCGUGCUUCAGAAAGGGCUCUGAUUGAAACACCCACUGGUAGUUACAAGCUUGAUAGAUCAGAGGACUACUAUGGACAAAUGGAAUUGUACAGUUUAUCAAUUAAGAAGGAAAUGUUGCAGGAAAUGUUGGAAGCCAACCAGAAAGAGCUAGAAGAAGCCCAGGCUCUUGCAGCUGCUGAACCAGGCAGUGUCAGUGAGCAUAAACUACAGGAGCUUGCUGAGCAAAGAAAAAAACUGACUGCAGAAAUAAAAGCAACAGUAUUCAAUAUUAAAAAAGCACAACGCCGGGCUUCACAAAGAGCUGCACUUGAAGCACCUGCAGAAAGAGAAUUAUUUGAACUAGCUGUUAAGAAGCAGCUUUUACAGGCCAACUUGGAAUCCAAUUGGAAAGAGCUCCAGGAAGCUCAGGCUCUUGCAGUUGCUGAACCAAGGCAGUAUCAGCGCAAGAAAGGAAUGUUGCAGGAAAAGUUGGAAUCCAACCAGAAAGAGCUAGAAGCAGCCCAGGCUCUUGCAGCUGCUGAACCAGGCAGUGUUAAUGAGCAUAAAUUACAGGAGCUUGUUGAGCAAAGAAGAAAUUUGAGUGCAGACCUAAAUGCAACAGUUUCAAGUAUACAAAAAGCACAGCGUCGUACCUCUGAAGCACUUCGAUUUGAACCACCUGUUGAAAAAGAAUUAUUUGAAUUAGCUGUUAAGAAGCAGCGUUUACAGGCCAACUUGGAAUCCAAUUGGAAAGAGCUACAGGAAGCUCAGACACUUGCAGCUACCGAACCAGGCAGUAUCAGUGGUAUGUUUGCUGUAAUGUUUCAUGUUGUUAGGUAUACUUUUAAAACAUACCUACUUUGGAUUUCAGGUCAUUUCAAUACAAUUGAGCUUAAAUACUAA